AUGGCACGUCAACCCAACCUUUUCGCUUUUCCCAACAUUGACGCUCUGGCGACGACCCUCCGUGCCUACGUGAUCCAAUGCCAAAACGCAGGCAUUCAACGCCAUGAUUCCUUCAAGGUCGCUGUCUCCGGCGGCUCCCUUCCCAAGACUCUCGCGCAGGCCCUUCUCUCGGAGCCCAGCUCCCCAGACGAUAGGGUAAAAUUCGACAAAUGGGAAAUAUUUUUCGCAGAUGAGCGCGCCGUACCCCUCGACCACGCCGAUUCCAACUACGCGCUGCUCAAGUCAGAACUCCUGGACAAGAUCCCCGCCGAGAUGGGCAAGCCUACUGUCCACCCAAUUGACGUCGCGCAUCUGGACGAUGUGCAGGAGCUAGCCGAUACGUACGAGCAGACACUUGUCAAGAGCUUUGCGCAGCGGGAUAGCGUCAAGCUGCCUAUCUUUGACUUGCUGCUGCUGGGAUGCGGCCCGGAUGGACAUACCUGCAGCUUGUUCCCUGGGCAUGCGCUUUUGAGAGAGACCGACGCGUGGGUUGCGCCUAUUGAGGACUCGCCGAAGCCCCCUCCUCAGAGGAUCACGCUCAGCUUGCCAGUUGUCACACAUGGGGUUAAGAUCGCAUUUGUGGCUACGGGAGGGGGGAAGAAGGAAAUUAUGAAGCAGAUCUUUGAGGGCGAUCUCGGACUGCCUUGUGCGUUGGUCAACAAGGGGGCUGGCGAGCGAUGCAGCUGGUUUGUGGAUAAUGCUGCUGUAGAAGGCGUCUCUUACCCAAGGAGGGGCAGCUUGUGA